CCGCUUUGCGGCCGCACUGCUUGACGGCAGUGGUGUCCGACCGCCAGCUGGCGUUACCGGGGUAACGGCGAUCGCAUGUGGCCCAGGAAGGAGUGGAAUUGCUGGAUCAUAUGAUUAUUCAGUGUUUAACAUUUGAGUGACUUCCAGACUGUUUUCUAGUCCUGUUCAAUUUGAAGUCCUGAAAGAACAGUCACACUUGGGAAAUGGCAGAGGCAGUUUUCCGUCCCCCAAAGAGGAAAAGAAGAGUGUAUGAGAGCUAUGUGUCUCCGCUGCCAAUCCCGCUUGGUCAGGACUGUGGUCCGAACAAGGACUUCAAGAUGUUCCAGGCCGAGAUGAUAAAUAACAGCGUGGUUGUGAGGAGUGCAGAAGACAUGGCACAGCUCUACAGGAAAGGUUAUUUUGGAAAAGGCAUCCUAUCUAGAAGCCGUCCAAACUUCACAAUUUCAGAUCCUAAGCUGGUUGCUAAAUGGAAAGAUAUGAAGACAGACAUGCCUGUAAUCACCUCAGAGAAGUAUCAGCGCCGUGUGGAAUGGGCCACAGAGCUCCUGCGAAGGCAAGGCCAGGAUGAGAGCUCAGUGCGUAGGGUCCUGGAGGAUUACACUCAGCCCCUAGAGCAUCCUCCAGCAGAAAGGAGCGACGGGGUUCAGUUGUGUGAUGAGCUGAGCUCUGACAUGGUUGCCAAAAUGGAAGGCACGGCCGAUGGAGAGAAGCUUUCUGCCACGAAUGGUGUUGCAGGAAAGUCACAGGAUCUGGAGGAUCCCAACAAGCAAUCAGACCACCAGCAGGAGAGCUCUGGGCUUGACCCACUAGGUGCGGGUGAAUGCAUGAUGGAGGUCCCCACACCCCUGCCUCCUAUCUGCCAUGACAGACAGGCCACGCUCCUUCCCAUGGGUGGCACUCAGCCUGAGGACCACAGCCAACAGGCCAGUCUCGUCUGUGCCCGAGAGGGAGGGCCUGUCCAUGAGUACGUGCUGGUGGAGGAAGCCGUGUGUGACGGGAGUGAGAGGGAAGACGCCCCAGCCAGGGACUUGCCACAAAAGAAGAGACUGAUAUGCAGAAGAAAUCCAUACAGGAUCUUUGAGUACUUACAGCUUAGCCUAGAAGAGGCCUUCUUCCUGGUCUAUGCUCUGGGAUGUCUGAGUAUUUACUAUGAGAAGGAGCCUUUAACGAUUGUGAAACUCUGGAACGCUUUCACCAGAGUCCAGCCUACGUUCAGGACCACGUACAUGGCUUACCAUCACUUCCGAAGCAAGGGCUGGGUGCCCAAAGUGGGACUUAAGUAUGGAACAGAUUUACUGUUGUACCGAAAAGGCCCUCCAUUUUACCAUGCAAGUUACUCUGUCAUCAUCGAGUUGGUUGACGACUGUUUUGAGGGCACUCUUCGAAGACCUUUCAGCUGGAGGUCCCUGGCUGCCUUGAGCAGAGUUUCAGUCAGCGUCUCCAAGGAACUUAUGCUGUGCUAUGUGAUUAAACCCUCCACCAUGACUGACAGAGAAAUGGAGUCGCCAGAAUGCAUGAAACAAAUUAAAGUUCAGGAGGUGAUUCUAAGCCGUUGGGUUUCUUCACGAGAGAGGGGCGACCAAGACGAACUUUAACAACUCAGCCUCAGGUGUCUGAUUUCACGAGCAAAUACCUACUGAGUCUCCUAUGAUAAACCAAGUUCAGGGUGAGGUAAAGACUCCUUCUUUUGUAAUCACCCGCUAGUUUAAAAGUCUUCAAGGGCAUGGCACUUCCACCACAGGAAAGUGUUAGUGUUUUAAAAGUUAAAAUUGGGGAGUUCCCUGGUGGUCUUGUGGUUAGGAUUCAGUACUUUCACCUCUGCAGCCUGGUUCAGUCCCUGGUCUGAGAUCCCACAUCAAGCCACUGCACAACACAGCAAACAACAACAAAAAAGAAUCUAUGCUAUUCACAUGGUCCUGCAAAGAAAUAAAUGCAAGUUACACUUGCAUGGGGAAGAGAGUCGGGGGCCAGGCCUGCAGAUUCUGUCCCCAGAUCAGCGCUGGCUGACCCCAACCCCUCCCCUCUGGGCAUCGUCGUCCUGCAAGGAGGCAGGACUAGACAAGCCCAAAAGAACUCUUCAGCAGCAAGGAACUUCUGUUACUCUCUGAUUUCACCUGAAAACAGUGACGAUUUACCUCCGGCCAGCACUCUGCAGUUCCAGAGCACUUUGGGGCACAUGCCUGUCUCAUUACCCACGUCCAGCCUGUCCUGGAAGAGGCCGGGUGUGGAUCUGGACAUUGCAGGACCUGCUGCUCCAUUAUCUUAAAUGAAGAAAACAAUAACGUGUCUCAUCUUGUCCAGGAACUUCAGUCAGUUACUCAGUCGCAGGAAAUUCUGUUUACUACCUACCGAGCAUUUCUGUAUCCUAGGGAGCAUUUAAGAACAAGAAUUGUCUUAAUUAUUUAAUUCUCAGUGAACUCUUUGGUGGGCAUGUUGUAUAGAGUACACAGUAUUGUACAGUAUUAGAUAAGAUUGUAUCUAGCUUCAUUGAACUUGUAAAAUAAAAAUGUUUGCUAAAAUAAUGUACAGAGAUAGUGAAUGCAAUUAACCUUUGGUAAAACACAAUAAACAAAGCCCUUUUUAAAACUG